CCUUCGUUGGACUCCAAUUUCAACGCUUCCUUGACCUCAAAGCAGUCGAAGACAUGAAUAUUGCAUGGAUUUUAACAGUGACUGGUUGCUUGUUUUACCUCCAACCGAGCCAUGCCGAACUCAAACUUGUACAGACGUUAUUUAGACAUGGAAACAGGAUGCCAUCAUAUGGAAGGAGGAUAUAUCCGAACGAUCCUUACAGUGCGAUGACCUAUGAACCGGAAGGAUUCGGAGGUCUGACAAAUGCUGGUAAAGAGUUGGCGUAUAAGCUCGGUCAGUACUUCCGCGAGAGGUAUGACAAAUUUUUGGGACCACUUUAUUCGAAGGAAAUCGUCCGAUUCCGUGCUGACGAGAACGAAAGGGUUGUGAUGACCGCAGAACUCGUGGCAGCCAGCUUGUUCCCGCCGCAAGAAGAGCAAAUAUGGAAUUCUCGUUUAAACUGGCAGCCUAUACCAAUAUGGGCACCGGAGUUUUCGAAUGAUCAUCUGUACAACGGCAUGUUUUGCCCGAAUUUCAUGAAAUGGAGGAUCAAUGUAGAAAAAACAGACCGCGAAGUGAUGAAAUUCGAGGAGGAGAACAAAGAAAUCUAUAAGUAUUUGUCUCAGCAUACAGGGGCAAAUAUCACGCAAAGUAGUACGUUCAGUUUGCGUCAGAUAUUCUACGAACAGACAGAUAUUGGCUUAGAAUUGCCGAAGUGGACAAAAUCGGUCUUUCCGAAUGGAAAACUCGACGAGCUUGCCGUAUUUGAUAUUCACAUUCGCACUCGUACUCCGGAAUUGAAAAAAUUACUGGGUGGAGUAUGGAUACAGGAGUGGUUAAAGAACAUCGACAAUUAUUUAAAUGGGAACGACAAUCGGAAGGCGUUUAUGUAUGCUGGGCAUGAAUUGACUAUUGCUCCUAUUCUUGUCGUAUUAGACAAUUUCGACAAUAAAAUCCCUUCAUACUGCAGCUCUUUGAUAGUCGAGUUACACGAAAAUAAUAAUAAACAUUAUGUGCAGGUGUUAUACAGAAAUAACGAUGAUACCGGUAUUCUGAAAAUUCCCGGAUGUGGUACCGGAAUGUGUCCCCUAGAAACUUUCAGAAACUUCGUGGCACCUAUGCUGCCCGAAGAUAUUGGAGAGUUAUGUGGAAUUGAGGAAGACAGUAAAUCAACAGUGCAGCAAUAA